AACACCAAGAAUAAACAUGAAAUUACAUUAAUUAGAGUUUUUUUUUUUUUGAAGCUACAUUAAUUAGAGUUAAUUACUACUUUCCCUGCAAAAGCAACUGAAAAUUUCAAACUCCCACCUCCAUCAUCAUCCUUCUUCUUCCAGAACUCUCAUCUUCUUCUCUCUCCUCUUCACUCUUCAUCAAUGGCGGUAAUCAGCCGCCUUGCAAGAUCAUCAACUACAUUCAAAGUUUCAUCUCUAAUUCCAACCAUAUUAUCUCGUAAAUUUACAUCAUCAUCUCUUUCUUCCGAAACUACCCUUCAUUCUUCUUCUUCUUCGUGGAAUGAUACUUCUAAUAAUAAUGGUAUCAAUGGUGGAAAUCCCUUGAAAUUUGGUAAAGGUAAGGAUGUUCACUGGGUUUUUCUGGGUUGUCCUGGUGUUGGUAAAGGCACUUAUGCUACUCGUCUUUCGAAGCUUCUCGAUGUUCCUCAUAUUUCUACUGGUGAUUUGGUUCGUGAUGAGCUCGCUUCCUCUGGUUCUCUCUCUCCUAAGAUUGCAGAGAUAGUCAACUCGGGGAAGCUGUUGUCAGAUGAAAUUAUAGUGGAUCUGUUGUCCAAGCGUCUUAAAGCUGGAGAAGCCAAGGGUGAAUCCGGAUUUAUUCUUGAUGGUUUUCCUCGUACAGUUAGACAGGCGGAAAUUUUGGAGGGGGUUAUUGAUAUUGACUUGGUGGUGAAUCUUAAGCUCCGUGAAGAAGCCUUACUUGCAAAAUGCCUUGGUAGAAGAAUCUGUAGUCAGUGUGGUGGAAAUUACAAUGUUGCAUGCAUUGACAUCAAGGGUGAUGAUGAAAGCCCUGGAAUGUACAUGGCUCCUCUUCUCCCUCCAGCUGAAUGUGCCUCAAAGCUUAUCAGUCGCGCUGAUGAUAAAGAAGAAGUUGUGAGGGAGAGACUCCGGAUAUACGAUGAAUUGACUCGACCUGUGGAGGAAUUUUAUCGCAUGCGGGGCAAACUGUUGCAGUUUGAUCUUCCUGGUGGAAUUCCAGAAUCCUGGCCAAAGUUGCUGCACGCUUUGAAUCUCGAUGAUCAUGAAGACGAUCAAUCUGCUGCAGCUUAAAUCCUAUUAGAUAAUUUUCUAUACCACAUUGUCUAGGUUAGUGAUCAUUUUUUUGCAAACAAUGUAUAGUUAGUAAUAAAUUAAUAUAUGAAGCAGAUAUUACUUAAAAUAAAUUCCUGGAACCAGCUAGUAGGAUACAUCAGACCUGAUUAUUUUGGUUUGCUAAACUAUUGAAGUUUGAAGGGGACAACAUUAGAAUAUUAUUUUUGUCAAAAUAUCUAUUCAAAAGAAGAAAAAAAUAAUGAAAAUUUGUUCUU